GGAGGGAGCGCGCGCCGUCCGAUUCUCCUCCCCCUGACCCCGCUGCCGUCUCCACCGCCGGGGACCGCCCGAAGCAGGGCUGGCGGCGCUCCUGAGUCGCCCGGCCCUCUAGCGCGAGGGUCAGAAGCCGGGCUGGGCCGGGGGCGAUGGAAGGCUACGCUGGGACGAUUCCCCGCGCCGCCUGCCUUCGCGGAGCCUGAGUUCGAGCAUGGAGCCAUAGCAGCCGCAGCACCCCGCCGCCGCCGCCACCGCCACACCCACUUGGCUUCUUGGCGGCGACAAUGGAGCUGGGGCCGGCCGCCGGGCAGCCGGCGCAACAGUAUCCCCACCAUCCCCAGGCCCUGUCGGGCGGAGGUCCCUGCCCGGAGAUGCUGCAAGUGGCCGAGGAGGCUUUCCGAGGCGGGCAGUUCGCGCUGGCGGCCGAAAUCCUGAGCUCGCAGCUGGCUGAGCUGCCGCAGCCCGAGCGGGGCCUGUGCCUCCGCCAAGGGGACGCGCUGGCCCGCGCGGGGCGCAUGGCCGAAGCGUUGGACUCGUACAGCGUCGCCGCUAGAUUGGCCCGCUUGCGUCCCGAGGAGUUACGCGAGCUGACCGAGAGUUUCGCCCUCCUCGUCCGCGACAAGGAGCUGCGGCUGCCUCCCUGGCAGGGCCCUGGGAGCGGCGGCGCCCCCGAGGCGGCUGAACCGCUGGGGGACCCCGCUUGCUGCCGCCCUCCGGAGCCUCUUUGCUGCCCUUCGUGCCUGCGUCUCCUCCACGAGCCGGUGACUCUGCACUGCGGGCACACCCACUGCAAGCGUUGCGCCAGGAGCGGCGGCGAGCAGUGUGUCCGCUGCGUCGCCCGGCGUCCCGUCUCCGCCUGUGCCUCUUCCGCGGCCCCCAGCGCGGCCGGCCAAGCCCCCGCCGGCCUCCGCGUCAACGUGGUGCUGGGCAGUUUGCUGGAGAAAUGGUUCCCGGCCGAGAACAGAGCGCGCCGGCUGUGCGCCGAAGGGGAUGCCUUGCGGGAGAAGCAGGAUCUGGCGGCCGCUUUGGAGAAGUACAACCAGGCCCUUGAACUCGCUUCUUGUAAAUGUUGGUUAAUAGCACAACGGGCAGAACUUUGUACAGCUAUGAAGAAUUAUCAAAAAGCUCUUAAUGACGCAGAAAUACUAUGUCAGAAUAAACCCCAUUGGCCUAAGGGUCAUUAUGUCAAAGCACAAGCUCUUUCUGGAUUAGGAAGGAUUGAAGAAGCAUUGAAGGAAUUUCUUUAUUGUGUUGCCUUAAAUCCUGAGUGGAACUCAAUGAAGAUGGAAGCCCAAAAGAUAAUGUGUGAGAUGUUUUUUCCAGCAUUUGAAAAUGUUCCUGAUAGUUUAACAACACCUUUUUGUAAUCGGACCUCUUACACAAGAUUGAAACCUGCAUUUCUAAGUAGCAUAAAUACACAGUCUUCUAGUGAAGAUGGGCCAGUAGCAGAGAGCUCAAAGGAGACCAUGUUGAGGUUAACAAGAAAUCCUUCCCAAGAGAAUGAUGUCUAUCGCUGUAUUAAUUCUUCAAUUUCCCAUCAUGAUUUCUACUUUGAAGAGAACAAGAAAACAUUAGGGAAAGUCCUAUCCAGCCUACCCAGUGCAAACUUGAAAAGAAAAUUUUCUACUGAUGGGGAAGACUUACAGAAUCUGGAUGUCCCUAGCAAAAUCCAUAGAAAAGAUGGAGAUGCUACUUGUGGAAACUCAGCUUCUCUUCCCAUAAAAGAGAUUCCUACAAAUCUCAUGGAUGCAUCUGACUUUGAGUGUUCCCUUUGUAUGAGGUUAUUCUAUGAGCCUGUCACUACUCCUUGUGGACAUACGUUCUGCCUCAAAUGCCUUGAACGUUGUUUGGAUCAUAAUCCUCACUGUCCGCUUUGUAAAGAAAAGCUCUCAGAUUUUUUGGCAAGUCGAACUUACAAAAAGACUAUCCUUACUGAAGAAUUAAUAGUUCGCUACUUUCCAGAAGAAUUAUCUGAAAGGAAAAAGGUUUAUGAAGAAGAAAUGAAGGAAUUAUCAAAUCUAAAUAAAGAUGUUCCCAUUUUUGUAUGUACCAUGGCUUUCCCUACCAUUCCUUGUCCUCUUCAUGUCUUUGAGCCCCGUUAUCGAUUAAUGAUAAGAAGAUGCAUGGAAACAGGCACUAAACAAUUCGGCAUGUGUUUAACUGAUGAACUGAAAGGAUUUGCAGAUUACGGCUGCAUGUUGGAGAUCAGGGAUGUGAAGUUUUUCCCUGAUGGGCGUUCAGUUGUUGAUACAGUUGGUGUUCGACGUUUUAGGGUCUUAAGCCAUGGUCAGCGAGAUGGAUAUAAUACGGCAAACAUUGAAUAUUUGGAAGACAAAAAGGCUGAAGGAGCAGAGUAUGAAGAGCUGGUCCGCAUUCACGAUUCCGUUUACGAUCAAGCUGUGUCCUGGUUUACUUGUCUUAAAGACAAUAUGAAAGCACAAAUUUUAAACCAUUUUGGACCAAUGCCAGGGAAAGAACGUGAGCCGCAGAGUAAUCCCAGUGGUCCAGCUUGGUACUGGUGGCUGUUGGCAGUAUUACCACUAGAGAACAGAGCCCAAUUGGCCAUUCUUGCCAUGACUUCACUUAAAGACCGCCUCAUUGCCAUUCGCCGCGUAUUAAUAUUUGUGACCCGCAAAAGACCUAGAUGACAUAGUCUUAUUUAUGAAGAUACAUUGAAAACAACUAGUUUCUAAUGCUAAGAAAACAGUUGGUAACUGAACAGUUCUUCCCUCUGCUCAUUUAAGCAUUCAUUCUUCUUUGCACUUGCUGGACCCAAUAGUUAAUUAAGUAUUCUGUGCCUCUUGUCCUGGAAUAAUCUGAGCCUCUUGGAAGUUAUGCCACAACAGAGCGUACAGAAGUUGCAGGCAUCAACUGAGUACAUAAUCGCCAUCUACUCAUAAUGAGACAACGAAGUCAGAAGUACUAAAAUGUCUACAAAUCCCCAAUUGACAUUUUUAUUUCUUUGUAGAAAUAGACUUGAAAUAGUGGAUUAGAAACUGAGAUUAUAUAUUGUCAGAAUUGUCCUUGUGAUAGCCAGUUAAAAAGAAAUUCUCAAAUGUUCCUCCGGAAAAAAACAUCAAAAGCAACUUUUUAUCUGCAACAUGUGGACAGAAAUAUCAGAAGUAAAUAGGAUUGGUAGGAAAAAAGUUCCACUUCCAAACAAUAUUGUCCAAAAGAGUAUCUGAUGAACAGCUUUGUGGCUGGUUAUAGGCCAAUUCCUUGUGUUUGUAAUUUGCAUGCUGUAUGUAUUGAGAAAACUGUUUAAUAAUAUAUCUAAGAAGAUUGAGUCAUUCUUCCUUCCCAAACCCUCCUCCCUUCAGAAUGACAUCAGGAUUCUACAGUGAGGAGUUAUCUGUGGAAAGCCUUGUAGUUGGGACAUGGAACUAAUAGCCUCAUAAUGGACUUAUUUUUGUCUUAGGGAAAGCUUCUUCUGCCAUUAAAUACUUGAGACUGCGAAGCUCCGUGGCUGGAUCAUGGCCAGCAUAUUUAGUGUAUAUCUACACUGUUAAUUUCAAGCUCUUCAGCGAUUAUCUUACUAAAGGCUGUUGAAAAAUCGAAUCACCAUUUCAAUUUUAUCCUUCUAGUUUUGUCUGGAAGUAACACUUAAGUAAAAACCAUCUUUACUCACAACUGCCAUACCAGCCUAAUAGGUUCUUCUAAGAAAACAUAAUUACAUAUACUUUUGAAAACCAAAACCUUAAUAUUACUUGUUAUGUACCGAAUACUGUUCGUGCUUGAAGUUCUUGCUGACAUGAAAGGAGACACAAAUGGAAUCCUGUACUGCAAAUUUCAAUGCAAGUUUAAAUCAGAUGUAAAUAUAUGUUUAUUUUGAUGUCUUCGUGUAUGUGGUUAACUUUUUUUAAAUUGUCAAAUUAUUGGAAAUAGUUUAGCAGUUCAGUUGUAAACAUGAAACAGCAAAUCAGUAUUGCUAAUUCAAACUGCUGGGAUCUCUGAAUUUCCAGAAACAAACGAACAGGACAUGAAAAUAAUAUUAGUUCUGGUUUUAGAACAUAGUGCAAAGACACAGCAGGCUAAAAAUACCGGUUGUAAAAAAAAAAUUAAUCUGGCAAGAAAAUAAUGACAUACCAAAAUAUUUCAAAAGUGCCUCCUUUAUGAAUUAGGAACAGCAUGUGCUCUUUUGAAAAAAGCAGAAAUUUCAUAUACAAAAAGUCUAAUCAUUAAAAAGACUGAUUUUACUAAGUGCUAUAAUUAUGUGGGAUUAGAAGAUUGUCUAAAAAAUCUUGACCAGAUAGCAGUUUCCUAAGACUGAUCAACACAGCCUGAAUGUACUGUACUUGCUUCUUCUUGGAAUUCACCUUUUGUAGUUAAGUAUUGACCUGUGACUGCUCUUUCAAUUGUUAACUCUGCAACUUGCAAAUGAAGCUCUAAUAAUUUCUGCCAUAGCCUUCCUGCAAGUUCUAAUUUCUUUACCAGAGUUUGUAGAUUCUCUUUCAAGUAUUUUUUAAAAGUAUGCACCUGGUCCUGGCUGACCUUGGUUAAUCUUGAAUACUAAACAAAGUCAGUUCUCAUUACUACUUGGAUGGGAAAUCAUCUGGCAUCUCUAAAGCUGUAUGUGAGACCAGGAAAUU